AUGGCUUUCCAGUCGCCUCGCCAUUCUCAAAGCUUUUACCAGCACGAUGCCUCUACCCCUCCACCUCCCCCACCAAAGCCUAGCAAUUCAAGUUGCACGACAACACCGUCACAAGGUCCACCUCUGCCACCGCCCCCCGGGCAAUCACAAUCUUACAAGGGGUCACAAUCAGUCUACUCUCACAAUGAUCCUUACGCCGAUCCAUAUCAAUUAUCCGUUCAGCCUCCCACUGACGGUUGGUUACCUGAGCCCGUCAAGGACAGAGCAACAAAAGAUCUACAUGAGAUCUUACAAACACCAAAAUUGCAACACGCUAUCGUGCACAACCCAGAAACGGCACAUGCCUCUCUCCAAGCAUCUACCGCACCGUUGCGAGCGCUUCUAGCCCAGAAUGUCGAACUUGCAGAAUCACUGAAGCAACUUGAGGCACAUGUUCAGCAUCAGCGCGAUGGCACACAGUCCCGUCUACUAGCUCUUCGAGCUCUGGAACGCCAGUGGAAAGCUAAGCAGGCCGAGCAAGAUGACGCAUUGCGAGAGUUCAGUCCGCCAGCACUGUACCAGCGUUUGAACGCUGCAGUAGGAGAGCAAGAAGCUCUCUGUCGAGGUCUCGAGGAGAGCUUCCUGGAGGGUGAGGGUGUCGGUGGUAAUGAUGCAGUUGCCAGCGAACGAGAAGUGAUCGACUUUGUGAGACGAAUAAGAGAAGGACGCAAGGUUGCCUACCUCAGAGCAGAGUGCAAAGAGAGGUGGGACGAAGGGCGUGUUGGUGGAUGGCGAUGA